UUACCAUAUCUGUGUUACAUCAUCCCACAUCUAACGCUUGGUCUGCAAUGCAUUGACAGUACGUAGUGCGUCUAUACAAACGUACCCUGUCCGUCUUGAAGACGUAGUAGAGGAUGAAGAGGGGAGCGACUCCAAACAAAGCACCCAGCAGAGACGUCUUCUUUGUGGCUUUGAAGUGGUUGUACGGGUUGGCUCGUGCAUACACCCAGCGGUUCAGGGCAGGGUCUUCCUGUAGGGACAAAUUAUAUCCUACUCGUCAAUAGGGUUGUAUCCAUUGUAUGCAUGUUUGCAUCCAUCUAAUUUCCAUCCGUCCCUGACUUAUCUAGCUUUUUUAUAUGAAUGCGUCUAAGCAGAGCAUUCUUGGUUAACUCUUGUGUGAAGAGUUCAGUUUACCUUAAUUAUGUACUUGUUGGAGUAUUUUGACAGGCGAUUCUAAAGGUCUGCUUAAGGUUACGAGCACAUACUGUAAUGACAGAGUUGGCGUUACGUUUCAACAAUCUGCAUAAAUAAGUAUAGGCAUUAUGGGCACACAUGACUCCCAAGUUGCACUUUGAUUUCAACUUAUGCCUUGGUUGAAGCCAAGCUAACAGAGCCAUCUCCGAUGUGAGCUCGCUAUCCGAAACGGAAUCAUCCAGCAUCCAGAAAGCAACAGUGAUCAUAGGUUUUGACUUGGAACGCCGUCUGUUUAUUCGGCAAAGUUAUCCUUUUUAAGUUUAGAUUCGCUAGCUCACGUUAGCAUCCAAGCGUUAGCCGAGCCCUUGAAGGGGGCUCUGACUUUGCAGCAGGUCACUCACGAUCAGCUCCUUCCUGUGCGGGUUGUUGAGCUGCAGCUGGUAUUGCCUCUUCAGGCCGGCCCGCAGGGCUGCCCUCUCCGCCUCGGCGCGUCGGUAGUCCGGCGACAGGUUGAAGUAUUCAUUCGGAUCUAAGGUUUUUGGCCGAGUGGCCAAGGGCGCCUCUCGAUAGUCCGCCAUGAUUGUUGUAUACGAGACACAAACACAAAAUCUCGCGAGGACUCCUUUGACAGGCGAGACAUUUCCGGUUUCCAUAGUAACUCCAAGCUCUCCUCGCCCGUGUAGACCGAUCUAGUUGCAACCUGGGAAUGACUGCGGACUUAACAAUGACAACUUCUAGAAAACAAGGCAGCAUCCCAGGUUCAUUUCACCUCAGGUUUACAGAGUUCAUCCCGGCGGAGAGUGAUGAGACAUUCCAGUACGAAGAGGUUAUUGAGGAGGACAGCAGUUUGCCGGAGGAGGAGGACCUGGAGGCCACCGUACUGGCCGUCAAACAACGCUCAGAUGUCAUCCAACCAGCUGCCCCUCAACCAGCUAGAAAUACAAAUACAAGAGCCGGCGUGUGCCCUCCGCCAGAAGCAGUGGAAGAUUAUCUACGCAACUUUCUCCUGAAGAUGGGUAUGACCAAGACGCUUGACUGUUUCCAGACUGAGUGGAACGAGAUGUUGCAGAAGGGCCUGCUCAAUACUGAGCUGGUUGGCGUGGUGGCAGAUGUGUACAUCCAGAACCACCGUCUGGAUAGUGAGCUGACGAGCGUGCACAGGGAGAGGGACGAGUACAGGUCAAUGGCCUCGGCCACCGCCGAGACGCUCACAGGCCUGCAGAAAGCCCGGGACUUCCACCGCAUGCACCACAAGCGGGUCCUUCAGGAGAAGAACAGACUGAUCGAAGACAUGAAGAAGCUGAAGGCUCAAUGUGGCAGGUAUGAGCCGGCGGUGAGGCAGAUUAGUGAGCGGUACCAGAGCGUGUUCAGACAGAAGAUGCUGGUGAGCUUGGAGAGGGACAAGGCGCUAGCGCAGGUGCAGCGCCUCCAAGCGACGCUCCACAACAUGGAGCCAUCCGAAGGGGGACAAAGCCUCAAUCAGGACGCCAGGCAGGCCAGGUGUAAGACAAAAAACCCUUCUAAGAAAACACCCGAGCCAUCCGGCUCCGUUAAACACGUCGCCGGGGAUUCAAAGUUCCCCGUAGGCAGUGGUGGGAACAACUCGGCGCUGAGCAUGAAGGGGCGGACCAUGGACUCUGAUGCUCCAAACACGGCCAAAGCUGACGGUUUUCAGCUAAGAAGCACAAUCAAGGCACACAGCCGUCCAAUAAGCUGCCUCGCACACCACCCUUCCAAGUGCGCGGUGGCGUCCUCUAGCGACGACCGCAUGUGGAAGCUGUGGGGUUUGCCAGCCGGAGACCUGGGGGCCAGCGGCGAGGGCCACACCGACUGGCUGUCGGGGGUUGGCUUCCACCCGGAUGAGACCAAACUGGGGACCACCGGCGGGGACGGCAGCGUCCGUAUCUGGGACCUGGGCAGGGGCCAGCUGGUGCUUAGCCUGAGGGGCCACUCCGCAGCAACCUGGCGCUGCUCAUUCCACUCCUGUGGGGACUUUGUGGCGUCCUGCUCGAUGGACACGACCAUCAAGGUGUGGGACCUCCAGAGCGAGCGGUGCCGCUCCACCCUGCGCGGCCACCGCGGCUCCGUCAACAGCGUGGACUUCCUGGGCUCCAGCGGCCUGCUGUCGGCCUCCGCCGAUAAGACCCUCCGCCUGUGGGACGCCCGGACCGCGCUGUGCUGCCAGACCGUCAGGGGCCACAGCAGCCCCCUCAACGCCGCCGCCGCCGGCUCCUCCUCCUGCUCCAUCGCCUCCUGCGACUCCUCCGGCGUCGUCAUGCUGUGGGACUUGCGGAACCUAGCGGCGCCCUCCGUCGUCGUGGAGACGGGGCCCAGGCCUAGCAACCAGGUGGCUUUUGACCCCUGGGGGAGGAUGCUGGCGGUAGCGGGGGAGGACGGCUCGGCGCGGGUGGUCGAUCUGUCCACCAAUCAGGUGGCUGGGGUUCUUCACCAUGACGACGCGGUGCAGAGCGUCACGUUUGACCCCACGGGGGCGUACCUGCUGUCAGGAGCCUCUGAUGGGAAGAUUUAUGUCUGGUCCUGAUGUCUGGCAUGAGCAGAGCUUCAGACCGUUGAGUGUAUGACAUGUUGUCUUUGCCCGAGCGUUGCAAUAAAACACAGACCAAAAGAGGGCGGUGUUGUUCAGCAUUGGUUGACUGUAGAGCUUGGCUGUGAUACUGCAGGGUCUGGUGAAUACGCUGAAGACCAGGGAUGACAUUGGAACCCUUCAUCAUACUCGGCAGCUCCGCAAUGUUCUGCGGAGUCUAUUUCAUUACAUUCCUCGGGAACCAUAAUGUCCCAGAAUGUUUCUUGCUGCAGUGCAGCAAACAUCAACACCAGCAGCAAGCCCUGCCCCAAACUGAAGUCCAUCCCCGUGUCCGAGCCCCCCCACCUGGGCUGAUUACUGAUGUGGUCACCUGUUGUCAUGUCUCUAAUCCCAUCCCCGUGUCUGAGCCCCCCCACCUGGGCUGAUUACUGAUGUGGUCACCUGUGUCCAUGUCUCUAAUCCCCCCCCGGUGUGUGGCCUUGUGUUUCUGGGUUUGUUUGUGUUCUUCCCCUGAUAUAAUCCUGUUACCCGCUGAGAGCUUGGAGCUUUUGA